GUCGCGCUCUUGCUUGCUGAUUCUUCCAUGGCGGAUCCCGGUCCCAGUCCUAGCUCUGACCAUCCGGAUUAUGCUGAGGUCGUUGUGAUACGUCACGGUGAAACAGCGUGGAACGCUGAUGGAAGACUGCAGGGACAUCUUGAUGUUGAGUUAAAUGAAGUUGGAAGAGCGCAAGCAACUGCAGUGGCCGAAAGACUAUCUAAGGAACUGAAGGUCUCUGUUGUAUAUUCUUCUGACUUGCAACGAGCUUAUGAGACUGCACAGAUAAUUGCAACCAAAUGCGGCGGGCUAGAGGUUGUCAAGGACCCUGACCUAAGGGAAAGACACCUUGGGGAUCUUCAAGGCAUUCCCCGUCAUGAAGCAUCAAAGAUUAAUCCCGCAGCUUGCAAGGCUAAGGAUUGUGGUCAAGGAAUACCAGGUGGUGGAGAAAGCGUUGAUCAACUUUCCAAACGCUGCACAUCUGCAUUGCAGAGAAUAGGCAAGAAGCAUUUGGGGGAACGGGUAGCAGUUGUUACUCAUGGAGGUGUCAUCAGAUCACUCUACAUGCGGGUCAACACAGACCUGCCCCCUGGGAGCUUACCCAACACGUCUGUCAGUGUCUUUCACUUGUAUAAAGACAAGUGGGUUAUAAAAACUUGGGGUGAUGUUAGCCAUCUGAACCAAACAGGAUUUCUGCAGUCGGGUUUUGGGGGCGACAGCACUUCUGGUUAGGCUGUAUACAUACGAUGUUCUCCAAAUAAAUAAUACUGGUUAUGGAGGAAGGAGAGGGAAAGGGUGUCAUUGUCU